GAAACAAAAAGUUCCGUUCACACAAAAACCAUCAGGGUCAACAGCUUUAAACAAACUUUCACCCGUUCAUAUACGAAACUCUCUCAACUAUCACACAACUAAAUGUUCAACUCUGUCGAUAAAAGACAAGGCAAUCAUCUAUCCGAAUUUGAUUAUGGAUACGAAGCCUCCAGUCCAACAAGUCAAACCAAUGAACAAUCCUACUAUACUAAUACCAAUACUACCACCAAUAACAAUAACAACAACAAUAAUGGAUCGGACGACGAAGGUGGUGAUGAUACAGUCGACAUGACCUUCUCUCAACUCUACGAAAUGAUGAAGCAACAACCUGUUGAAAACAUUCCCGCCAAUAUUUUACAAACCCUCUCAAAAAAAGAUUUGGUCUUGUGUGAGUUGAGGCGAGAGGGCAUGAAUCCACAAUUUAAAAGGGAUGCUGAAUAUUGGUACAAUACAUUGAGUGUAUUUACUCAUCAAUCGAAUCAAGAUGUUAUUAUGAGUGAUUUUUCAUUGGCUAGUAAUAUUACUGAAAAAUUUGAAUUAAUUGCUUUGGAAAAGAAGAGAAUUGAUAUUUUGAGAAGAAUGUUUAUAGUGUUACGUUAUGGAGAUUUAUUAUAUAGAAAAUCAAAGAAAACUAAUGAUUGGAUGCCUUGGAGUGAAUUGAAGGGUUUACCAAUUGCUACUGCCAUGUCACAUGGUUCUAGAAUUAUUAUUCAAUUACCUAAAUCUGCAAUGGCAGCUGAAAAGAAGGGAAUCUUUUCAAAAUUAAAGAAUACACUUCGACCAAAGGAUGAAAGCUCUCACGAUCAUGGUUUUUGGACUUGGUUAUUGUGUGGUGAUGAGAAUGGUAGUUUGGAAAUGGUAGUCACUCCAGAAACAACAAAUGGAAGUGAAGCUGCAAAGAAAGGAUAUUUAUUAUUUAAAAGAACAGCAGCAACUCACAGUUUAGGAUAUUAUACAGACGAAAUUAAAGAUGAAGAAUCACCAUCUUCACCUGCAGGUGGUAAAAAGAAGAAGGUCAAACAAUUGAGAAGAAUCACUGCUAACUAUACCGAUCAAAACAAUCAAAGGGGAACAAUGAAAAAACUCAAGGAUAUUAUUGAAAUUAAGGAAAAACUAGGAUUGAAUACCAGAAAUUCCAAACUCCUCGGAAGCAAGGAAGAAGUUAUGCUCAAACACAGACAUUGGGGACUCAACGUUUCAAUGAGUGGAUUUGGUAAAAAACUUCCAGUAUUUUUACCUUAUAAGGAAGCUAAAAAAGCAAGAAAAAAAGGACCAAAGAAGGGAUCAAAAGUUUCAUACACAACAGUUGAACCAACUGGUGAACAUUCACAUAUUUAUCUUUACUACAUGUCACCAGGACCAAAGAGGUAUGGUGGCAUUAUGAUUGGUGUUGAAGGUUCUGAACCAGGUAAGAAAGACCAAUCUGGAGAACACCACGGCAUAACCGCUGGUUCACCUUUUAUUGGUGUGACAGAUGGCAUGAAGUGGAAUAAGAUUAAGGAUAUGGGUAUGGAAGAAUAUCCUGACAAGUAUGACUCACUCUUUAUUGACUUGUCAUCUGGAUGGGAAUUUUUGAAAGAUAAAGUAAAUGAGUGGCGAGAUGAAAUGGUUUUUGAAACUAUUUACAUUAAACCAGCUCAAGAAGCCGAAGAAGAAGCUCAAUUCAAGGAACAACAAUAUAUUGAAGAUGAGGAUGAAUAAACUAUGUAAAAUAUUUCUGU